CCGGAACCGUCCGUGUUCCCAAUGCAAAAGGGCUCCCUGAACCUCCUGAGGCAGAAGUGGGAAUCCAGCGAUUACCAGAAAAGGGAGUGUUGUCCCAGGCUCAGUCGUGUUCCCCUUCUCCAGCCUCGGGACAGCAAAUUGCUCGAGCCUGAAGGAGAGACGUUGUCAACACCUGAACCUCCAGAUUCCUCAACUCCGCCCUGCGGCACCGGAGAUGAGAUGUUGAGCUCAAAGACUGAAAAGAAGUGUCCGGAGGAAAAGAGGGACACCUCCAGGGAAUACGGCCCCCCUGAAGUGCUGAAGGAGGGGUCCCUCAGUGGCCGCCGCAGGAUCGAGCGCUUCUCCAUCGCCCUGGAUGAGCUGAGAAGUGUGUUUGAGGCUCCUAAGAGACCUGGUGGCCCAGCUGAGUACGGCCGAAAGGAAGUGGAAAUUGAGCGAAAUUUGUGUUCACCAACAUUUAAGAGUCACCCUGGAAGCCAGUUGGAGGAUUCUGUGAAAGAUUCAGACAAGAAAGCCAAGGAAACAUCUUUUGACAAGAUGUCACCUAAAAGUGGUCACAGCGACAUCUUUGAAGUGACUGUCGGCCCUAAUACACCUGCAAGUGGAUUUUCAGAAGACAGUCCUGCUCAGGGCGAGGGCCUAUCAGACCUCCAAGAGGUUGUGUCUCUGAAGGAGCGAAUGGCAAGAUACCAGGAAGCCGUUUCCAGGGGUGACUGCCGCAGCUUCUCUGCAAAUAUGAUGGAAGAAUCAGAAAUGUGCACAGUGCCGGGUGGUUUGGCCAAGGUGAAGAAACACUUUGAGGAUGAAAUUACUUCUUCCCAGAAUGCUUUUGCUCAAUACCAAUACCAACAACAGAACAGAUCUGAGCAGGUCUCUCACCUUGAAAAGCACACCACGGAAAUAAACCAAGCUCAGUUUCAUCAAUAUGUUCAAGAAACUGUCAUUGAUACUCCUGAGGAUGAAGACAUUCCAAAAGUUUCAACUAAGUUGUUAAAAAAGCAAUUUGAGAAGUCUGCCCAGGAAAAGAUGAUGUAUUCUGACAAAGAGAUGACAACCCCAGCCAAACAGAUUAAGAUUGACAAUGCAUAUGAAGAGACUUUAAAGCCAUCAACUGUUAUGGGUACCUCUUCUACUUCUUGCAUUGCAACCAGCCAGAGGAAGGAAACAUCAACCACAAGACACCAUGAUCACAGUGUCACUUCCUCAACUCUGGCACAAGCUAAUGCUUCUUCAGGAAAGAUGGAAGAAUUUCCUCCUCCCCCACUUGAUGCACUUCAAGCUCCAAUAGAUAUGACAGCAUUUUCCCAGUCCCCUGAAUUCCCCAGCCCUCCUAGAAGAUUACCAAUACCCAAAGACUUAUAUUCCAAGCAAAGAAAUUUGUAUGAAUUAAACCGUUUAUAUAAACACAUUCAUCCAGAGUUAAGAAAAAACCUAGAAAAAGAUUAUAUCAGUGAGGUUUCUGAGAUUGUUUCUAGUCAAAUGAAUUCAGGGAGCUCAAUUUCAGCAGAUGUGCAACAAACCCGAUAUAUCUUUGAAAAUACUAAUGACAGUUCUCAAAAAGAUCUGAGCUCAGAAAGAGAAUACUUGGAGUGGGAUGAAAUUUUGAAGGGGGAGGUACAGUCCAUUAGAUGGGUCUUUGAGAAUCAACCAUUAGAUUCCAUCAACAGUGGCUCUCCUGAUGAAGAUAACAUUUCCAAGGGCAUUGCUGAUCAAGAAAUCAUUGCUGGGGGGGAUGUGAAAUAUACCACAUGGAUGUUUGAAACCCAACCCAUAGAUACACUGGGGGCUCCUUCUUCUGGCACUGAAGAAAAUGCAGAGAAAAUUCCUGAGCUAGCCAGAGGAGAUGUACGCACAGCCCGGUGGAUGUUUGAAACAAAGCCAUUAGACACGAUGAAUAAAAUGCAUCAAAGUCAAGAAGAAUCUGCAGAAACUAUUAUUAAGGACAUAACUGGAGGAGAUGUCAAGACUGUGAGAUACAUGUUUGAAACUCAACAUCUCGAUCAACUUGGACAGCUUCAUUCAGUGGACGAGGUUCACUUACUGCAACUGAGGUCUGAGCUCAAAGAAAUUAAGGGAAAUGUUAAGAGAAGUAUAAAGUGUUUUGAAACUCAACCAUUGUAUGUUAUUAGAGAUGGUUUAGGUCAAAUGCUAGAAAUUAAAACUGUACAUAGAGAAGAUGUUGAAAAGGGGGAUGUGAGAACAGCACGUUGGAUGUUUGAAACACAGCCCUUAGACACGAUUAACAAAGAUAUCACAGAAAUUAAAGUUGUCCGAGGAAUAUCCAUGGAAGAAAAUGUUAAAGGAGGGGUGAGUAGGGCAAAGUGGUUAUUUGAAACCCAACCUUUGGAAAAAAUCAAAGAGUCAGAAGAAACUAUCAUUGAAAAGGAAACAAUAAUAGGUACAGAUGUCUCAAGAAAGUGUUGGAUGUUUGAAACACAGCCAUUAGAUAUUCUAAAAGAAGUUCCUGAUACAGAUCUUCCACCAAGCUGCAGGUGGCUUUUUGAAACAAGGCCCAUUGACCAGUUUGAUGAAAGUAUUCAUAAAUUUCAGAUAAUUAGAGGAAUAUCUGCUCAAGAAAUACAAACUGGCAACGUGAAAUCUGCUAAAUGGUUGUUUGAAACCCAACCUCUUGAUUCAAUUAAAUAUUUUAAUAACGUGGAAGAGACAGAAAGUAAAACUGAGCAAGCUACAGAUAUCAUUAAAGGGGAUGUCAAAACCUGCAAAUGGCUUUUUGAAACCCAGCCAAUGGAGUCUCUUUAUGAAAAAGUUUCAUUACAGACGGGCACUGAGGAAAUUUAUAAGGGAGAUGUCAAAACCUGCACUUGGCUUUUUGAAAAUCAGCCACUUGAUACCAUUAAGGAUGACUCUGAAACAACAGUCAAAUCACAAACUGUAAAACAAGAAGAGAUCCAGGGUGGGGAUGUUCGUACAGCAUGUUUUCUUUUUGAGACAGAAAAUUUGGACAGUAUACAAGGAGAAGAAGGGAAGGAAAUCAAGCCUGUGGAAAUGGAGAUACAAGCUGGAGAUGUUUCCAGCAUGAGAUAUAAAUUUGAAAAUCAGUCCUUAGAUUCUAUAAGUUCCAGUUCAGAAGAAGUUUUGAAAAAGAUCAAAACCCUAAAAACUGAAGACAUUCAGAAAGGCAAUGUUUUAAACUGUAGGUGGCUUUUUGAAAACCAACCAAUCGACAUGAUAAAAGAAAGCCAAGAGGGGGAUGAAUCGCUUAAGACAGUGACAGACAUUCAAGGUGGGGAUGUAAGAAAGAGGUGCUUUAUUUUCGAGACUUUUUCUUUAGAUGAGAUUAAAGAAGAAUCUGACUAUGUCAGCAUCAAGAAAACAACUACUGAAGAAGAAAUAAAGGGGGAUGUAAAAAGCUACAGAAUGCUCUUUGAAACCCAGCCACUCUAUGCAAUUCAAGACCGAGAAGGGCACUAUCAUGAAGUGACAACAGUUAAAAAGGAAGAGGUGAUUCAUGGGGAUGUGCGGGGGACAAGGUGGCUUUUUGAAACGAAACCCUUAGACUCGAUUAAUGACUCAGAAACUGUGUAUGUUAUUAAAUCUGUCACACAAGAAGAUGUUCAGAAGGGUGAUGUUAGUUCAGUCAGAUACAGAUUUGAAACCCAGCCACUGGAUCAGAUUUCAGAAGAAUCACGUAACAUUGUGCCCACUGUUGACAAUAUUCAAGGUGGUGAUGUAAAGACAAGUAAACAAUUUUUUGAGUCUGAAAAUUUUCGAAAGAAGAAUUACAUAAGGACAGUAAGUGUCAAUGAAAUACAAAAGGGCAAUGUUAAAACAUCUACUUGGCUAUUUGAAACCCACACUAUAGAAGAGCUGAGAGGAGAAGGGUUGGAUGACAACAAUAUCAAGACAGUCACCCAGGAGGAUGUGCAGAAAGGUGAUGUUAAGCAGGCGGUAUGGCUUUUUGAAAAUCAAACUUUGGAUUCUAUCAAGGAAGCAGAUGAAAGCAUCACGAAAAUUACCAAGGAAGAAAUCCCUCCUUCUGAUGUCAAAACAACUACAUGGCUCUUUGAAACAACACCCCUUCAUGAAUUUAAUGAAACUAGAGUAGAAAAGGUAGAAAUUAUUGGCAAGAGCAUCAGAGAGACCUUAGAAGAUCUCUACUCUCAAAAAGUGAUCCAGGCUCCUGGAAUUAUCAUUGAAGCUGAUGAAGUUGGAGAUGUGCGAAUGGCAAAAUACAAGCUAAUGAAUCAAGCAUCUCCUCAGAUACAGAAAGAAGAAAUUGUCAGGGUCGAUCUCAGAAACAUAAUGGUGAACCUACUUUCCAAAAGAGACUGUACCAAAAGAGAGAUUUUGGUUAGUGAAGAAGAGAAGGGAAACGUUAAUUUGACUAAAACUCAGUUAUUAAACAGAUCAACUGAAUUUCACACUGAAAAAGAAGAGAUAGUGAGAGGUGAUGUACAACAAGCAAUAAAAAAUCUCUUCUCUGAGGAAGGAUCUGUAAAGAAAGGCAUUGUAAUUCAGGAAGACGAAAGAGGAGAUAUUAACAUGACUAUUUAUUGUCUUCUUCAUGAAAAUGAUGGUGACGCAAUUGAGCGUGAAGAAGUAAUAGGGGGUGAUGUAAGACGCACCAUUCACAAUUUACUAUCAUCUUCAUCAAACAAUCAAAUAUCUGAAAGAGCUAAAAUUGAUGCCUCUGAGAGAGGAAAUGUUCAGUUUUUCACAACAUGCAUAGAAACUGGCGCUUUGGAUUAUCUCAGACAACUUCAGACAGGAUCAGAUGAAACUCUAACACCUAGGAAACAAGAAAAAGAGGAAGAAAUAAUUGGCGGUGAUGUGGAAGGCACAAAACUGUUACUACAGAAAAGGCAGUCUCUGGUUGAACGUACUGUGAGUGAAAGUGACAUCAUCCCGGGAGAUGUGCAGAAUGCAGUUAAGGUUUUUAUGACAGAACCUCAGAGUACAUCUGAUAAGAUACCCCAAAAAGAAAUUAUAAAAGGUGAUUUGACAUCAACCCUAAAUUCCCUCAGACAGGCCAUAAAUCAGAAAGCAGUGACUAAAACAGAAGAAACCAUAAAAGGGAACAUGCUAGCCACACUCAAGUCACUCAAAGAAUCAAGCCACAGUUGGAAGGAAUCUAAGCAGCCUGUCAUACCUGGUGAUUUUGAGCAAGCUAUUGAAUGCCUUGAAAAGGCUGCAAAUACAAGGACAGAAAUCUUGAAAAAGGAGCUUAUCCGAGAUGACCUUGAAACAUCAUUAAGGUCUUUGAAGGAAGCACAAAGUAGUUUCAAAGAAGUAGAUAAAAAAGUUAUAAGCAAAGAUGUUCAAGCCAUGAUGGUAGGAUCUUUAGACAAGCAGGAGACAGAGAUGCACCAAGUAGCUGUUCAGACAGACAAAAAGAAUCUUCUUCAGCCAGGGCCAGGACCAUUUGAGCCAGCAGCCACGUGGCAAGGGGGAUCAGCCUCUCCCAGUCAAACUUUGGGAAAAUCUGGUCAUGGAAAGUUAGUAGAAGAAAGAACUGAAUUUAAACUCCCAAAAGCCCCCAAAGGCACUGUAAAGGUUGUCAUAAAUCGUGAACAAAACAAGGAUGCUCUUGAGAAAAGCCUUAGAGGACUAUCUACCUCACAUGACAAAGCUAUUAAAAACAUGUUGGAAUCAGGAGAUAGCAUGGGUGUCUGGACUGAUACCACAAAGGGACAGCAUCUUAGUGAUGAGUAUAUGAGCAGACAAUUAACGUCAACUGGGUCAGUUAAGACAAAUCUAAAAACUGAAGAGUCAGACAGAGUGAAAGAGCUAAAAGAAGAUCAUGUUGAUGUCCUUACCUCUACCCAAUCUAUUGAUAAAACAGCUGGAAAGCAACAGACCCAAACCUGUGAUCUGAGGAAUGACCACCAGAAAACUGAGGCUUUCCAGGUAAAUAAUUCCAAAAAGACCAAAACCAUUGAAAUAUCAACAGAUACACAAAGCUCCAAGCCCAGUCCCACCCAGCAUCCAGUCAACAAGCCAGUUGGAGAAACUUACGAAGCUGCAAGGGACUUUCAGAAGAAAGCUUUGUUAAAGCAAGAAAUGCAAUAUUCUAAGAAGGAAAUAAAGAAAAAUAAUGUGAACCUUCAACCUAUACAGCAGCCUUUGCUUGUAGAUCAAGACAUAUCCAAGGUAACAGAAGUAAAAUUCUCUGAAAAAGGCCAAAAUAAAUUUAAGACAACUGAUAAAAAGCAAGAGACUGACAUUUAUUUGGAAAGCCAAGAUUUUCUAAUGAAGACAAAUACUUCCAAAGACUUAAAAAUGGCAAUGGAAAGGUCCUUUAAUCCAACCAACUUUAACCCUGAGAAUGAUGGGAAAGAUAGUGAGUAUCCCCUUCCACCUCCAUCUCCACCUCCUCCGCCACCAUCUAAUGCAUCAUCUGAAAUUGAAUUUCCUCUCCCUCCUCCACCACCUUUAAUGAUGUUUCCUGAAAAUGAUGGCUUUCCUCCCUCGCUGUCCACAGAGAAGAUAAAGCCUGAGUUUGAAAGCCUCCCAAGCCUUCCUCUCCCUCCACCUCCAGUAGAUGAGAAAUCAGAAACAGAAUGUCCAUCAGUGUUUCUACCACAGCCUCCUCCUUCAACUCUAUCUCAAAAAUCAGCACAUCUCCUUUCUUCCUCUGUUCCAGAAAAGCACAGUGGAACAUUCCUACAACAGUAUUCCCAAAAAGAAGCCUCGGGCUCUCAGCACACUCAUUUUCAGGCUAACAUUGUAAAAGGAAAAUCAGGUGUGUUGCCACCACCCACAUUGCCCAAACCCAAACUUCCAAAGCAUUUAGAAGAUAAAAAGAACCGUCCCUCCCCACAUUUUCAAUUGGAAAAUUCCUUGUCAGACAUGGAAUGUACAAUCACUGCCUCAAAUGAUCAGAAAAGAGUCAUGCUGGCCACCAGCAGUGAACACACGGAGACAAAGCAGAACAUAUUUAGGAAGAGUCUUGAGGAAAGAAAGCAAUUAUCUAUCGACUCUGCAGAAUCUCUCUCACAAACAGUUCCAGGAACCUUGGAAGCCAAGAAAAAACAGGUAGCACCUCUCAUAAAAUCUCACUCAUUUCCAGUGAGUUCAGGACCACAAAGUCCGAAACCUUAUCUGAGAAAAUUUAAGACACCUUUAAUGAUUGCUGAAGAAAAAUACAGACAACAAAGACAAGAGCUUGAAAAACAAAAACAGGAGAGUUCAUACUACAACAUAGUCAAAACAGAAAGCCAACAUCAAAACAUACCAGCCUCGCAAAAGGAAAUUCAAAAAACAAAUAAGGAGGUUCUCCUACAUGAAACUGACUCAGCAUGCACUGUGAUACAGCCCGUCCCAACCUCUCAAAGUAAUGCUCAAGCAUCAGGAGUGCGUUCUGAUAGCCAGGUCUCUACAACGUCAGCAGUCACAGACACUGACAAGAGGUCCCAACAUGUUCUAGCUACCUCAGAAGACAAAGAUUAUAGGAAAAAGGAAGUUUUACAGAGCUCAAGGGAUAUGAUGCAAUCUAAAUCAGCUUGUGAAAUCAAGCAGAUUCACCAAGAAUGUAGUACACGACAGACACAACAGAAGAAGUAUCUGCAGCAGUUGCACCUGCCCCCAAACAAACCAGUUUCCCCCACUUUCAAAGUCAAAACCAUCAAGCUCCCAACUGGAGAGCAUACAGUAAGUGAAGCAGACCACAUCCAUGAAUGUCAUACCAAACAAUCCGAAGUUGACGUCCAAGCCAUUGCCAAGCAACAGUACCAGGAAACCAGGCAAACUGAAGCAAGCACCAAAUAUAGUAAUAAGCAGUCUGUGGCUGAAAAAUGUUAUCAGUUACCCAAGAAGGAGAAAAGGGUGGUGAUAAAAGAGCCUACAGAAUCCACAGAAAUGGACCAGGAAAGGAAGCCCAAGAUGGUUCCUGAGAAGCCAGGGGAAUCUAGAGAAUUUGAGACAGGGAAACUUCCAGGAAGUGAAAAAAUAAACCAGGGACCAUCCAUGACUGGUUUAAAAGAAGAGAGAUUAAUAGUUGAAAGAAAACAAGAACCUUGGAAGAGUAAGUCAGCACCAAAGGUCGUCAGGCAAAAGGUUAUUGAUGUACGUUCUGAUUCAGAGACUCAGAAUUUUCAGCAGACACGAGUACAGACUUCUGAAAGUAAAGUUGAACAUAAAACAUUGCCCCAGCCAUGCAAUAGUCUGUGGGAAGAAAAAUGUCUCGGAGUCAAGGGCAUACAACAGAGACAAGUCUUCUCUAACACUAAAGAUUCAAAGCAAGAGAUUACACAGAACAAAUCUUUAUUUUCAUCUGUGAAAGUAUCCCAGCAGGAUGACGGAAAACGUCCCGUCAAUGUAUUGGAAUUCUUGAGAAAACGUGAAGAACUGCAACAGAUUUUGUCGAGGGUAAAAGAGUUUGAGGCAGAGCCAAAAAGUGGCCUUAAGAUAUUCCAGACACUAUUAAAUAUGAUCCCCGUAUGGCUGAUAAGUGAAGAGAAACGAGAAUAUGGAGCUCGCAUUGUCAUGGAGAAUAAUUUAGAAAAAGUGAAAGAAGAAAUAACCCACAUUAAAACUCAAGCAGAGGAAAUGCUUGUGUCCUGUGAAAACGUCAUUCAAACAGCCAUGAUGUCCUCCAAAACAAAAAAGCAAGGAAAUAAGCCUACCGCUCCCAGUGAAAUCUCUCACACAGUAUCUAACGUUAAUGUCAGCUAUAAUAAAGACGCUGAACAGAAAGAAAAUGCAAUGGCGGAUGCCAAAACAGUCCACCACCAAGUGUCAACUCGUCACGAGGCCACUGUUGAGACGCAUGCGAAAACCCAGCAGGCAAUUCAACUCCAUGAGAAGAUUUCUCCUCCCUGUAUAAAAACCCGCCCCCCAUCGCCUACUUUUAUAACAAUUGAGUCAACCGCCCGCCGGGCAGAAACCUCUGCUAAGAACGAGCUCUCUCAGUCCCCUAAAAAGGACAGUUGCAUUGAACCCCCAGCAAGAGGGCCCACGUCACAAACAGCCAGAAUUCACGCAGCAGACGCCUCUCCUCCUCCACCCAGGAGUCGCUCAGAACAACUUGUCAAGCUGAAAGACACCACUGCCAAGUUAUCCCAAGGGGCCAUCCCAUGUCGAUCAGUGACCCCCGCGCCGAUUCCAGAGAAGAGGUCUGAAAUCAUCGUGUCGCCCGCAACGCUUCGUCGUCAGAUUCAGAUAGAAACUCGAGGUAGGGACUCUCCGCCUACCAUCACAAUACCCGUGGGCGUGAAUCAUGCUGCCAGCGGCUCCUUCAGAGACUCUAUGCAGGCUCAGGAGGCAGUUAGGAAAGUAGAGACAAGAGCCACCUGUGUUCACAAGGAUGGGGUGGAUCCCAGCGACCCCCCGCUGCCGGGUACCCAGAGUUACGAGGCCGUGGAAAUCGUGCGCCAGGUUGGAGGGCCUCGCCGCCCCGAGCACACGCAGAGAUACGCAGCAGCCAACCGAACCAUUGAGGCGGCUGAAAAUUUCAUAAAUGACCGUGAAAAUGAAAUAAACAGAUGGUUCAGGGAAUUUGAAAAUGGCCCAGUUUUUGAAGCAAAGUCAAACAGAAGAGUUUAUGUAAAUGGAGAAGCAAACCAUAAUAUAAAACAAGAAAGCCGUACAUUUUGUAAGGAGGAAUUUGGACUAACAUCUUUAGGAAACACUAGUUACACAGGCUUUUCUUGCAAACAUCCUAGAGAGGCGCAAGAAAAACUUUCUGUGAAACAGCCCCAGGUCUGCACUGAAACUAGGUCUCUAAGUGAACAUUUCUCGGGCGUGGAUGCGUUUGAGAGUCAAACUGUCGACUCAAAGAUGACAACCUCUUCCCAUAACUCCGAAGCUGGCAAAUCCGGCUUUGAUUUUAAGUAUGCCCCACCAACCUAUGAAGAUGUCAUUGCCGGCCAUAUUUUAGAUAUCUCUGAUUCACCUGAAGAACUCAGGAAAAAUUUUCAGAAGACAUGGCAGGAGGGUGAAAGCGUUUUUAAAAGUCUGGGAUAUGCAGCUUCAGAUGCUUCUGCAUCUGACAUGAGAACCACCUUCCAAGAGGAAUCUGCAUUUAUCAGUGAAACUGCCGCUUCAAGACAAAGAAAUAUGUAUACUUUGUCAAAAAACAGUUUAUCCAAUGGAGUGCCUAGUAGCAGACAAGCAGAAUUUUCAUAA